GAGAGACAGUGAGAUUCCGGAAUGGCUCUUUGUAUUGGACUGCAUGGGAGGGGGUGGGAGUAGCAGCCUCAGUACCAGGCGGUGAAUUCAGAACAGAGCAGAGAGUGGAUAGGGGAGGCUGCUACACGCUGCUGCCGCUGCUGCCUUUGUCGUAAAAGGAACGCUCGAGCCAUCUAAGCUGCUGCAGACAUACGGAUAUUUAUCACGGACUUCAAGAGGAAAUAAACAGCGAAAAAUCACAUCCAUGUACUUACAAAAGGGCGGGGGGUUGCCUCUGUUGGCGCUCUUUGCAGUUUUCCAGAUUGCUGUGGAGGGCAGUGGCACCCCAGCAUGCAGGCCGGGCUUCUCUGAAGAUGUGUACAAUGCUGCAGUGCCAGGAACUUCAGAGAAGGGACAGGCCCUCUUCAAUGUGCAAUUCGUGGACUGUGGCCUCGGUGGCCCGGUGACGCUGGAGUGCAGCAGCCCCUCCGACUUCCGGAUAGAGGCCGACGGGGCGGUGUACGCCGCCAGGAGCCUGGGCCCCUCCGAGAUGGGGGCCAGGACGCUGGAGGUCACGGCCAGGGAGGCGGCCACCCCGCAGCUGUGGCAGACACAAGUGAGGCUGACGCCCCACUCAGGCCACAGCCAGCCGAUUCAGGAAGUACCGGCCCCUGCCCCACCCGCCACGGCCCAGGGGGUGCAGGAGAUCGUGUUUCCGCAGCGACACGCGGACAACAGCGCCGGAGGGCUGCUGAAGCGUAUGAAGAGGGACUGGGUCAUCCCCCCGAUCAACGUUCCGGAGAACUCCAGAGGGCCCUUCCCACUGGAGCUUGUCAGGAUUCGAUCGGACCACGACAAGAGGAGCUCCCUGAGGUACAGCGUGACUGGGCCAGGUGCAGACCAACCCCCCACAGGCAUCUUCAUCAUCAACCCCAUCUCUGGAGAGCUGUCCGUCAACAAGCCCCUGGACAGAGAGCACAUAUCCAACUUCCACCUGAGGGCCCACGCGGUGGACCUGAACGGUAACCAGGUGGAGAACCCCAUCGACAUUGUGAUCAACGUGAUCGACAUGAACGACAACCGGCCAGAGUUCGUCCAUCAGAUCUGGAACGGCUCAGUUCCGGAGGGUUCUAAACCAGGGACGUUUGUUAUGACAGUCACAUCUGUCGACAAAGACGACCCCAAAACGCAAAAUGGAAUGCUGCGUUACAAGAUUCUGUCCCAGAACCCCGAGAGCCCUAACUCCAACAUGUUCACCAUCAACAACCAGACGGGAGGCAUUGUUACCGUGGCAGCAGGCUUGGACAGAGAGAAAGUCCCUCAGUACACCUUGAUCAUCCAGGCCACCGACAUGGAGGGCAACCCCAUGUACGGCCUGUCUAACACCGCCACAGCCGUCAUCCGAGUGACCGACAUCAACGACAACGCGCCAGAGUUCACCUCAGACACGUUUUACGGAGAAGUGCCUGAGAAUCGGGUGAAUGUCAUCGUUGCCAACCUGACGGUGACUGACAAAGACCAGCCCAACACUGCUGCCUGGAACGCCAUCUACAAAAUCACCGGGGGCGACCCCACCGGCAGGUUCUCCAUCCCCACGGAUCCCACCACUAACGAGGGCCUGGUUACCGUCGUCAAGCCAAUCGACUACGAGGUGAGCAGGUCGUACGUCCUGACGGUGGUGGCUGUGAACGAUAUACCCCUGGCCCGGGGCAUCCACUCCCCCCGCCAAUCCACCGCCACAGUCACCAUCACCGUCAUAGACGUCAACGAGAGCCCUUACUUUGACCCCAACCCCAAACUGAUGAGGCUGGAGGAGGGCCUACCGCCAGAGUCCAUCCUGACCACCUUCACCGCUCAGGACCCCGACCGGUUCAUGCAGCAGAGCAUCAGGUACUCCAAGUUCUACGACCCGGCCAACUGGCUGAGAAUCGACCCCAACACGGGCCGCAUCACCACGACCGCAGUCCUGGACCGCGAGUCUCCCUACGUCAAGAACAACAUGUACAACGCCACCUUCCUGGCUGCUGACAACGGCGUGCCCCCAGCGAGCGGCACAGGCACCUUGGAGAUCUUCCUGAUUGACAUCAACGACAACGCUCCGUACGUGUACCCUCCGGAGGUGGAGAUGUGCGAGAAGCCCGAUCCCAACUUCAUCAACAUCACGGCCGUGGACGGCGACAUGAACCCCAACGCCGGCCCCUUCGCCUUCGAGCUGGCCAGGAAACCUGCCGACGUCCAGAGGAACUGGACCGUCACGCGCCUCAGCGGCGAAUACGCCCAGAUCAGCCUGAGAAUUGGCUUCUUGGAGAGCGGCAUCUACGACAUCCCCCUCAUCAUCACCGACUCGGGCAACCUGCCCAUGUCCAACACCACGUAUCUGCGCGUCAAGGUGUGCCAGUGCGACAUCAACGGAGACUGCACCGACCAGCAGCUCAUCAUGGCCGCCGGCCUGGGCACGGGCGCCAUCAUCGCCAUCCUGCUCUGCAUCAUCAUCCUCCUCAUCCUGGUGCUGCUGUUCGUGGUGUGGGUGAAGAGGCGCGAUAAGGAACGGCAGGCGAAGCAGCUCCUGAUCGACCCCGAGGACGACGUGAGGGACAACAUCCUCAAGUACGACGAGGAGGGCGGAGGAGAGGAGGACCAGGAUUACGACCUGAGCCAGCUCCAGCAGCCUGACACGAUAGAGCCCGACGCCAUCAAGCACGUGGGGAUACGCCGCAUGGACGAGAGACCCCUCCACCCGGAGCCCCAGUACCCUAUGAGGUCAGCCGCCCCCCACCCCGGGGACAUUGGAGACUUCAUCAACGAGGGACUUAAGGCCGCAGACAACGACCCCACCGCCCCACCCUACGACUCCCUGCUGGUGUUUGACUACGAGGGCAGCGGCUCCACGGCUGGCUCCUUGAGCUCCCUCAACUCCUCCAGCAGCGGGGGGGACCAGGACUACGAUUACCUCAACGACUGGGGGCCCCGCUUCCGAAAACUGGCAGACAUGUAUGGAGGGAGCGACGACUAAGGCCCCACGCCACACCCAAUCACGGAGACGAACGGAGAGUGAUGGAAAGGGGUGAUCUUUUUGUCCCCUGUUGAUGGACGUGGACAGCUUCUGAUUACUGAUAUCCCCAGAGAGAGUGACGGGACAAUGACAGAAAAGUACAAAAAUUUA